GCGGCGAACCCUCGGGAGGAUCGCCCACCUUCCACGUGCGGACCACCUGCCCUUCCUGAAGACGAAAGUCGUGUUCGACGCUGGAGUGGCAUAAAAAUAUUGUUGCAAAACCAUCACCGUUGCAUCGAGCCACUGAUCAAAUCCCCCGGAGGAUUGGAGAAAAUUGAAAUGAAGUGAAACUUGAAGAACAGAACACGCAACGGCAACAACGAGGCGGAAUAAGAGGACGAGGCGACUGAACAAGGGAAAGGCCUCCACGCGUAUAAAUAAUCCCUCGGGAACGCAUCAUCCAGUCAUCGAAGGCUUCCACCAGGCGCAAAGCUGCCCCGCGGGAAUCAGUCGUUCCUCGCCGUCGCUUGCAAGCCCUCCUCCAGGAAGGCCCCCCCGCUGUCCCAGCAAGACCCAAACAUGUCCGGCCAGCAGACACCAGAGGACAGUCUCUACGGCUCCUGGGUGGAACUGGAGGAGUUGAUCGCCACCGUGAGCCGCAGGGAGAGUCUGACGGGGCCGGAGGACAGCAUCUCGUCCGCCCUGCAGGGGGAGCUGGAGAGGAUCCUGCUGGAGGCGCAGCUGGAGUGCGAGAGGAACCGAGACAGUCCCCCGCAGGUCGGGACCCCACAGUCGACUGGCUCCCCCAGACCUCCUAGUGAUCCAGACAGUGACUGCAUCACCAUACAGGAAGAGAAUGACAGGAGAAUGGACACUGAUUGGGUGUGGGACUGGUCCAGCAGGCCUGAAAACAUGCCACCUAAGGAGUUCGUGUUCCAGCACCCAAAGCAAUCGAGUUCGCUCAGCAUUCGUAAGACGGAGGUGAUGAAGAAGAGAGGGAUCUUCUCGUCCGACGUGCUCCUCGUCCUCGUCCCCUCGCUGCUGGCCUCGCAUCUCCUCACGCUGGGCAUCGGAAUUUACAUUGGAAAACGUUUGGCCACUUCCACAACUAGCUCGCUGUGACAUUAGCUCCAAGCUAACCUAGCUGCUUCCCCAGUAAGGUCACAACCAUAGUACCUUGCCUGUUUGCUUUUGUGUUUAUUUGUGUGUGUGUGUGUGUGUGUGUGUGUGUGUGUGUGUGUGUGUGUGUGUGUGUGUGUAGCCAUGUUGUUAGGGCCCUUAAGGGGGCUUGGUGUUGGGGUGGUGGGUGCGGGGGAGGCUGGCAAAAUGAGUCAUGCUGAGGUCACUUUAGCCUCUAAAGACUAAUCAGCGAGAACACCAGAUGAUACAAGGGGAAAAAGGAAAAAAGAGAACACUCACACACACACAAAAAAAAGAAGACACCAUGUCUGUAUAAUAUAUGCCAGCCCUUCGGACAACCUUGGGGAUGAAAAAACAAAUCUGUCAUUUGUCACAAGUAGUGACAGCUAAAAUCUAUUUUUUUUCUCCUCCCCCUGUCGUGUAUUUAAAGCAGUAUGUAGUUUUUGGGAGUCAAUGUAGGAGCGCUUGUACUUUUUUUGUCCCCUAAUCCAAUUAAAUGUUUAACCUCCCCCAAAGACAAUCAUGAUCCCAUUAAACAUCACUCCUACAAACCCUCA